UGAAUGGACCUACCACCCCCCAUUUCUCUCCACUUUCCUCUCACCUCUCCUUUAUAUCUCCCUUCCCUUUUGCUAUUCCUUUUUAUCACACCAUUAAUACCCCCAAAAAAUCACAAUUUUUUUCUAUCCCAAAAACAACCCUAGAAACUACCCAAAAAAGUUAGAUUCUUGAUCAAAUAUAACAAAGGGUACUACUAAGCUAUUAUUAUGGGCAAGAAAAUGAAUCUUGGUUCAUGGCAAUGGCCAUCUUGUGCAAAUUCCAAGACUCUAUCUUUUAGAGCAAAUGACAACAACAUUUUCAAGACUAUAAAUUCUGUCUUUUUUGACCCUUCUGAUCAUGGGGUUGAAAAUAUUGAAACACCAGAAUCUUGGUUCACAAAUUCCUCAGAAUCAGCUAGUUUUUCAACAGAAUCUGAUGAUUUGUUAGGAACAGGUGAACCAUUGGAAAUGAUCAUAAAAGGGGUUCGUUCAGAAAGGCUUUUCUUUGAGCCAAAUUGUACUAGCUCAAUCUUGAAUGAAGAAAAACCAAGUCAAAAUCAAGAACGAGCACUAGGGAAAAUAGAAGAACAAAAAGUAGAAGAAGAAGCAGAAGAAGAAGAAGAUGAAAACUUGCCAUUUAAAGAAAGUGUAGCAUUGGCUAUGGAAUCAGAGGAUCCAUAUUUAGAUUUCAAGAAAUCAAUGGAAGAAAUGGUGGAAACACAUGGGAUUAAAGAUUCUUGGAAAUCAUUACAAGAGUUAUUAGGAUGGUAUUUAAAGAUGAAUGGGAAAGUAAAUCAUGGAUUUAUUGUAGGUGCUUUUGUUGAUUUGCUUGUUGAGUUUUCUAUAAUUCCUCCAACUAAUUGUACUUCUGAUUCAUUUACUACUUAUUCUUCUGCUGCUUCUUCUUUCUCUUCUCCUCGGACUUCAAUAGGACAUAAGGAGAUUGAGGAGCAAGAAAAGAGGGGGAGUAGUAGUUCAUUAGGAUGAUAACUACUCUAUUGUCAUUUUGUGUAUAUUAUUAAUUGCUUAGGCCAAAGGAAAAAAAUAUACAUAUUGCAAAAAGAUAUUUUUUUCUCCCUUUUAA